AGUCUAUAGAGAGACUAAUACAAUGAAAUGUAUAGUACAAAAAAACAGUAUCCAGGUUCCAUGCGCAUAAAAUAUCCAUAUUUAAUGAACGUAAUAUCUAUUUCUGCUUAUUGGCUAGAUACCACCUACUCUUUGUUCAUUCAAAAACUCUCAAGAUGUUUUUGGUUCAUUUUCAAUUGUCUCAAAGAAAUGAAUAAACGUGAUGGGAGGGUGUAAAUUGUAAACGAACUUUGAAAAUAUGUCAACAAAUAAUGGGGACGAUAGAAGCAUACACUGUGAAGAGUACAAUACAAUUAGUGACGUGCCUGGAAGGUGGUGUGUUUAUGCAUUCUAAAAAUGCACCAAAUAUUGGUGUUAUACGUUACAUAAACUAAUGGUGUUAAUAUUUUCAACCAAAAUUCAUGGACUAUUAAAUCCUCUCUGAUUAAUAUGGAGGAGCUCCGACUUUGCUUGAGGAACCUGAAGGCAACACCUAUUUUGGCGCGUGUCGCUUUCCAGGGUGCUGAACGACAUCUUACGGGAACUUUCUCAAUUAGGUAGCAACUUUUCUUAUUUUUGCCGAUAGAUAUUUAGUAAUAGAUUUAUUUACAAUUUUCCUGGAAAAUAAUGUGGGCAUGUAAGAGCAAAAGACAGUUAAAAACUUAGUUGUACGCUAGGUUACUUUACAGCUGUAACAGGAAGCUAGACGAGUUGUAUAGAAAACAAGCUAACAUUAGCUAACUAUCAUAAAGCUAAGCUAGCCAAAAAGCUGUGUACAGUUAUUGCUAAACUGACCAAGCAAUAGAACAUAAACUGGCUUGACUCUUCAAGUCUAUCCAACAGAAUUAACCCAGCACCUGUUGACUUUCGAGAACAAAGUAAUACCCCCCUCUGAGGUUAGCUGGAUGAGCUAUUUUUCUCAAGCCACCACAAUGAGGAGACAGGAAAACCAGCCACCCAGGCAAACAGCAGUCUGCCUGUCUGUGCCGCUGUUCAACCAAAAGAAAAGAAACAGGGUUCCUCUGACUUCUGCUCCCUCUGAGAACGAAUUCUUCUCCCACAGUGAAUACAAUGCAAGCACCAGCUCAGCUGCACCUCACAGCACUUCAGGUACAUUUGGAUGUUACCAGGCCUCAGGUACGGCCUCUAGUGCUGCACAAAGCCACCAGUGGAAAAGGCAGGACAUCCCACAAUCUGCUCCACCCCAGCAGUAUGUCAGCAACAGACCUGCUCCAGGCCCGGCACCUGCAAUAAGAACAUUUAAACCCAUACCACAUCCAUACAAAGUUGGAGGCACAAGCUCUCAGAUGGGACAGCCCAGCAACUCAGGGAGAGCGAGGGAGUUCAGCCCGAGUGUAAACUCCACACAGAGCAAAUUUAAAGAUCACCACAUCAGUGCGAGUGCACCAAUGAAGCCAACGCCCCAUACUGGGUUCUCUCCAAUGGCUCAGCAGUCAUCCUACAGACAGCCCUCUCCCACAAAUCAGUAUACCAAACAGCCGAGACCUCUGCCUGCUCCUGUCCCCCCACCCAGCAGGCCCUCUGCUCCACAUGCAGCGCAGCCACAAAAAAACUCCUGGAACUUUACCAACAGCUUUGGCCCGCAGAGACUGCUCUUUGAGGAAAACAGCAGCACAAUUAAAUCUCAGGCUGCAAAACAAUCUCACAACCAGCAGGACAGAUUUCCGACGAAGCCGGCCUUCGAGAACUCACUGAGGAUCCUGACUUCAGUCAUUAGUGGCAUGAGACACUGGAGCCAGUUUAAAGACAAAGUCCCAUACUUAUUUGAGAUAUUUGCUACUCUAGACUCUGCGGUCACACUGGGUCGCCACGGAGCCAAGAACUUCCUCAUGAGAGACGGGAAGGCGGUAGUGCAGUGUUUCUUCUAUGAAACUGAACAGGAACUGCCCCGUCUGAUCCGUGGUCAGGUGCAUCGCUGUGUCGGAAACUAUGACCGCAGCAGAGAUGUCCUGAUGUGUGUGUCCGUCCGACCCGGCCUGCCCUCAGAGCUCAGGAACGCUCAGGAGGCUGUGAAGGCCUGCGAUGCAGAGAUGAGAGUGCUGGUCAAAUUACUCACUGAGGUCUAAACUAAAUUACUGGAGUACAAGACCGAUCAGGAGAAAGUAAACUAGUAUUUGAUGAGGUGCUAUAUAGUAAUAGAUAACGGUAGUUAAAGGUAGUCGUUUAAAAAGAAUGUUUUAUGUAUUAUUAAAGUUAGUUUUACCUGUAAAGAGUGCUGUUGUGCUGUUAUACUGAACUUUAAUAGUUGAAUUCUUUUGCAAAGGCCUGGCAUUGAUGUUCUUGUAAUU